UGUUUUGCUUCCGUGGUGUGAGUUGAAUGAGCUGUCAAAAGAGUUAUUUUGUAUAGCAGAUUUACUCUAAACUUAACACUGCACAGUCGCGGAGAAAAGGUGCACCAUAAUGUCAACAGCAGAGUCCAUCAUCAAAUCAAAGCAGGCACAGAAAGAAGUCAAUGGCAUUUCCACACAAGUUGUCUGCACAGAGUUUAGUAAUUACAUUUUUGUUGUGGUCACUCAAUAUGGAAAAAUAGGCACUUUAGUAUCUGUUACACCAGACUCCAGGUGUAAUGACAUCAGCACUCAAACUUUCACCACAAAAGUAUUACUGGGAAAAGAUGAGCCGAUGACACAUGUUUGUGCCAAAAACCUGUCAACAUUCGUCUCACAAGAAGCUGCUAAUAGACCUAUUCUAUUGGGACUGGCCCUCAAGGAUUCCUCCAAAGAUUCAAUACAACACUUUAAAGAGAUGAUAAAAUCCUGCCAAGUAUGGUGAAGCAAAGAAGGACAAACGUGUGCUUUUUGUAACUUGCAAAUUGU